AUGUACCGACAGAUAAGUAUACAUCCUCAGGAUCGGGACUAUCAACGAAUCCUGUGGCGAAGUCAUCCAUCCGAACCGAUUAAACAUUUUAAGUUAACAACAGUUACAUAUGGCACGGCCAGCGCCCCGUACUUGGCGAUGCGCACUUUGCAUCAGCUAUCGGAUGACGAAAGGGUGCACUAUCCAAAAGCGUGUCGAGCCAUUAAAGGAGACUUUUAUGUGGAUGAUGUCCUAACAGGCGGAGAUACAAUCAAGGAAGCGCAGACCUUACAGCAAGACCUUAUCAAAGUACUACAAAAGGGAGGGUUUAAAUUACGGAAAUGGCCAGCAAAUCACGAUAGCCUAUUGGAGUCAAUUCCUGUUUCCGAUAGAGAAGCGAACCCACCGUUAAGCAUCGACGAGGAAGAUCACAUCAAGACGCUAGGACUACGAUGGCAUCCAGCAAGGGAUUGCUUUUUCUUCAAGGUUACCUUAGAGGAGAUCACAAGUACUGUGCUCACGAAACGACAAUUGCUUUCUGAGGUAGCAAAAUUAUUCGAUCCAGUGGGAUGGUUGCAGCCGUGUAUUAUCGUAGGGAAAAUAAUGAUGCAGCAGCUGUGGUUACAACACAGAACCUGGGAUGAACCAAUCACAGAAGAACUUGAUGCGAAAUGGCGAAACUUCCGUUCACAGUUGCCGGUUCUCCAAGAAAUUACAAUUCCAAGGUGGCUACACUGUAGUGAUACUGUAGUCCAUGGAUUUUGUGACGCCUCAGAAGCAGCAUAUGCGGCAGUCAUCUAUGUACGCAUUGAGGAACGUGACGGUUCCACAACUGUUCAACUCAUAACGUCGAAGUCCAAAGUCACACCGUUAAAGGUCCAAUCGAUUCCACGGUUGGUGCUGUGCAGCGCUGCGCUCUUGUGCGACCUGAUGUCAACUACGUUAGAAGCCCAUGGUUGGAAGGAUGUCAUUCCCUAUUAUUGGACAGAUUCGAUGAUCGUACUACAAUGGCUCGAAAGUCUAGGAGCUAAAUGGAAAGUGUUUAUCGCCAAAGAGUCAGCCAAAUUCAUUCCUCCUCCGAUUCCAAACAAUGGCGACAUAUAA